GCUCUACAUUUUAUUUAUUUUUGUUGUGGAAAAUGUCUUGGAAACGUUUAUCUUUGUAAUUAACACUGAGACAUUGUUAUAAAGCUUAAAUAAAAAAGAAGCUGUAACUCAGAGCGCUUCUUCCGGGAUACGCUGCCCGUUUCCAUGGUGAUUGCGCUCUUCCGUCAAAUGACUGAAACGAAACUUAGAGCAGUUCCGGUGAAGCCGUGAUUUUAAAGCCGAACAGGAGACAGCAGCUGCGGCGGAGGUCCGCUCUGGAUCCGUUCUGGUUCAGAAUCGCUCCUGGUUCUCUGAAGGCGUCAGCAUGGCGUCUCUGCUGUCUGAGCUGCUGUUGACUCAUGAGCUGAGCCUGGCCUGUGAUCGCUGCUGCAUCCAGGACAACCAAAUCACUUUCAGACUGAGACCCGUUCAGCACCAGUGUGCGCAGCAGGUUCUGCUCUGCAGAGCCAAAGAGGGCCGCAGCUGGAGGCCUGUCUCCAAACGACCAACAUUCCCAAACCCAAAGCAGUAUGAAGCCUGCUGGCACUUUAAGGAGGGCCUUGGUUGCACCGUGCACAAGAACCGCUGCACCUUUGCAAAAAGUCAGGAGGAAGCUGCUGUGUGGACGUUUGAAAAGAAACAUGGAGUGGACCAUCAGGUUCUCUGUGCCAUGGUGCUUCAGUCCCAGAGCAAAGCUGACUGCAGUGCAGGACCUGAGUGUAGGCUCUCUGCUGCUCUAGACCUGAAGGCUGCGUGUGAUUUAUGCUCCAACAAGGUGAAUGAAGUCACCUACAGCAUUCAGCCAGUUAUACACAAAUGUAGUAGGAGUCACCUCCUGGCUAAAGGGAAGGCCUCCAACCAGUGGAAGGUUGUCUCUGAGCGGCCCACUGGGGGAAACAUUGGUUCUAGAGUCCUGUAUAAAGUAUGUGAUUACUUUGUUGAGGGUUCUGGAUGCAGCAAGCAUACCUCAGGUGAUGGGUGCACCUAUGCCAGAAGCUCUGAAGAGGCUACAGUGUGGAACCAUCUCAGAGAGAAAAAUAUCAGUAGAACAGAGUUAAUCAGAGAAGUAAGCGAGGCCGAGUCAGCCCCAGAAACACCAGAACAUGCAGCUCAGAGCAUUCUCCAGAGGUUUUCUGGAAAGUUCUUAGAGCUCUGCAGGAAUUGUUUUCUGGAACGGCCCACCAAACUGUCUCCAAAACGAUGGAAUGACACGUGCUGUGCUGACACCGCUCACACCUGGGAGCCAAUCUUAGUCCAUCACCUGUCAGACAAAAGCUCAAAGCAGGUCUACAGCCAGGUCCGCCCUCUGCCCACAAACUGCCGGUUCAACUUCUGCAGCCACGUCAGGCAGGGAAAGCCCUGCUGGCACCAGGCCGGCCACUGCCAGGCCGCCCAGAGCGAGGUGGAGAUGGCCGUGUGGAAAGCCGAGCACAGCGGCCUCUCGGUGCGUCCUCCCCUCCUUCAGCUUAGUCAGCAGAACCAGGUGCAAUCCAAGCAGGUGUCCAUAUUCUGUAAGGUGUGCCUCCUGGCGCUGUCCUCCCCAGAGAGCUUCUACAAGCACUGCUCCACACUAGAACAUGCCCAGCUCCUGUCCCAGGACACCACCACCAAGUGGAGGAAACGCCAGCCCCCCCACCACCGGCGGACGGAGCUCUGGCUCUGUGACAGACCAGAAACCUGUGAAUAUGGCUCAAAGUGUCCUAAAGCUCAUUCUGAGGAGGAGCUGCAGGAGUGGAUGAUGAGAUCUGCAGAGGAGCAGGAGAUCCGGCGCAGCAUUGAGACUCAGGGCCUGAUGUGCUACAACCAGCGGCUGCUGGACGAGUACAGGAACAGCAGCAGUGAAGCCUAUGUGUUGUCCGAACAAGUUGAUGAUGUCAGCGUCUCCUGUGACGAAGAUUUGACCGUGCAGAGUGGAGACAUCAGCGCAACGCUAAAGUGGAACUUCCUGGUUGACACAGAGAGACAGCUGCUACAUGUGGCUCUGCUGAAGCAGGAACCAGGAGCUUCCUUCAGCCUCGCUGAUGGCGCCUCUGAACCCUGCAUCUACUCCGCAGGUGAAAGUUUCCUCUGUGACAACAUGACCUAUGCCAUCACCGUGUCUUUUACAUCUACACACCCAGGCCUGUACGAACAGUGGUUGGUGCUAGAUUUUGAUAUGAGGCCUGUCCUCUUGAAGAAACUCAGGGUAAGAGUUGGCCAGCCAUCUCUGGAUGACACCAAGGAGCCCGUCUUAAAUCAUGGGGUCAUUCUGCAGAGUGUAGAGCGCUGGAAUCGAGGGAACAGGCUAAUAAUACCGUGUUCAUCCAGGACAGAAAAGCAGGAGGAGUUGUUGAAGGAGUACAAGUCUCCACAGAUAAAGCUUUUCCACAAGUCCUCCUGUAGCAGCCAAACAGCACUGACAGCUGACAACUACAAGGCAAAGAUGCACGAGUUCCUGUACAACGAGGAGCGGGCUGAGGACAAAAUAGUUUCCAGACUGAAUGUUUGUGGAAAGGUUACAACAGCAGAUAAACUGGAAAGUCCAAAGUUUGGGAUGGAGAUUGCUCCUCAUGGAGAGCUUUUCUGUUCUGUGUCCAUUCCUUAUAAGCUCACCAUGGACAGUCCUGAAGGACUGGUGCUGAAACGAAGUGUCCAUUCAGCCCUGAUAGCUCCUUUAGAUUCCCUCCAUCCAAACUCCAAGGUGUAUGAAGCCAGGGUUCUGCAGCUCAGAACCAGUGAGAACCAAAUACAUCUGCAAAUGUCUAAGCAAUGCUGCUCUGAUCUUGCUCUUGAGCACAACCAAUCUUAUCAAAUGGAGGUGCAGUUCCAGAUGGAUCGCUACAGCUUAUGUUCCAUGCACAAAGCUGUGGAUCUACUUCCUGAUACCACCAGAGUCCUACCGGACCUCAAGAGCUGUGCUGUUCCUGUCAGUGAUGUCCCCUACGAGAACAUGAACUCCAAACAGCGGUCUGCACUCAGCUUCAUUACAGGAAACCAUGAUGAAAGAAAGGCCACCGCUCCUCUGCUCAUCUAUGGACCUUUUGGAACGGGGAAGACCUUCACCAUGGCAACAGCAGCCAUCCAACUCUGCAAGCAUCCUCAGAACAAAGUCCUGAUUUGCACCCAUACCAACAGUUCUGCAGAUCUGUAUGUCGGAGAUCACUUCCAUCUGUCCAUCAGUAAAAACAACGGACUGAGGCCAAUUCGGAUAAAAGCAAACAGUCAAAAUGCUCUGUGGGCCACAGACGAGAUCACCUUAAAAUAUUGUUUUCUCUCAGAAGACAGAAGGUCCUUCCUGACUCCUACGAAGGCUGUCCUGGAAAAGCACAAUGUAGUUGUGACUACAACAACAAUGGCAGGACAGUUUCAUGACCUGAAGCUAGCAGAGGGGUUUUUCACCCACAUCCUGAUCGAUGAAGCCUCUCAGAUGCUGGAAUGUGAAGCUCUGCUGGCCCUCAGUCUUGCUGGGCCAAACACCAGAGUGAUUCUUGCAGGAGACCACAUGCAGAUGGGACCCCAGCUCUUCUCUGUGGAUGAACACCGCCGUUCAGACUGCACACUCCUCACUCGUUUGUUCCACUACUAUCAAGGACAAGAGUGUGAUACCGCCCAGAGAAGCAGAAUUAUAUUUACUCAGAACUACCGCUCAACCAAAGAGAUUGUGGAGUUUGUUUCCACCAAUUUUUAUGUUGGUAAGAAUGACGUCAUUGAAGCUUCAGGAAACGUUCCCGCCCCACCAAAUGGUCACGCGCUCCGCUUCCAUCAUGUCCGGGGAGAAUGCAGCCUGGAUACCAUAUCUAUGUCCUGGUAUAACAAGCAGGAGUCUUUUGAAGUUGCUGAAGUAGUGAAGGACAUUCUGAAGAACUGGCCAUCAAACUGGGGACCCAAGAACCUAAGAUCCAUUUGUGUUCUGUCAGAAGGUCCUCAGGUUCGACAAAUUAGAACCAUACUGUCAAGAAAAGGCUUCUCUGAAGUCAACGUUGAAACUCUUGCUAAUGUACAAGGCAAGCAGUUCAGGGCAGUCAUUAUGUCAGCUGUACAAACCCGGGACAGCCUCAAAGAAUCCAACCCGUCUGGUCUGCCUCUCUUCAAUGAUGCCCGCGUCUUAAACACUGCAAUGACCAGGGCUCAGUCUCAGGUGACUGUAGUUGGAGAUGCUGCUGCCCUCUGCUGCUUUGGGAAAUGCUCUAAGUUCUGGCAAAGCUUCAUAAUCCACUGCAUCAGCAGCAACAGUGUAGAACCACCUCAUUACACCAAAGCUUUCUUUGACCAAGACGUGGUAGAAACUGGCAAGUUUCAGAGAGUGCAGGGUGUGGAUGAGGGCAACGCCAUCUCUGAUUCAAUUCUGCAAGAGUUGAGAGAUGAAUAUGAACAAGUGAGAACUGAGUUUAGUUCAGAUGAAGAAGGUUUGGAUUCUAAAGACUUGACCCACCAGAGGUUUGGAAAAUCAUCCAAAGUUUUCAAUGACCGACAAGAUCUGAUGGACUUAUGUGAAAAACAGCCAAAGUUGUUCAAGAAAGCAAAGCUUGUCAAGGAGUCUCAUAACAGAGGUUACGUUGUACCGUUCCAUAAACCCACCGAACGUGUACACAUUCAGGGAAGAUCUAACAUAGGGAAGGCCUUCACCGGAGAUGAAGUUGUCAUACAAGCAGCCACUAAGGAGCAAUCAGCUAGGGUGGUCGGUGUUAUCAAGGAAAAUCAAUCUGCUCGUGAACUUGUAUGCUUCCUUGAGGAACAAGAUCACAGCAGACCACCAGCUACCUCUGGACCAUUUGUAAAAAGGAUGAUGAUACCCAUCAAUAAAAGUGCCACUAAAAUAGCCAUUCUGAUCAAGAAAGACAGACGUAACUUCUUGCCCAUAUGGGAGCAAAACGACGAACAAUGGACAAUCGCAAGAUGUCAGCACUUUAAUGAAAUCCGAGACAAGGUUUUUCUAGUGCAGGUGAUUGGUUGGAAAGACGGUUGCUUUUAUCCUUUGGGGAACGUCACAGAUGUUCUCUCAAGCAGAGGACCUUUUAAUGACCGACUUUGGCUGCUGAAAGAGGAAUUUGGUGUUAAAGAGACUACGCUGGACACAUAUGUAGAUCUCCCAGACAAAGAUGAAAACAGUGAAAAGAGACAGAAUAAAACCAAUGAAAUCACGUUCACCGUUGACCCAGAGCGAUCAAAAGAUCUGGAUGAUGCCAUCAGCAUUGGAGAUGCUGGAACCCAUUAUGAGCUGGGAAUCCACAUUGCAGAUGUGGCAAGUUAUGUGCGUCCAGGAGAUAAACUAGAUAGGGAUGCAGAAGAGCAGGGUUCUACUCAAUACACAGGAGAAGAACCCAUUCAUAUGUUCCCUAAAAGCCUGAGCACAGGACAUUUCAGUCUUCUGCCUCAUCAAGAUCGCAGGGCAGUCUCCUUGAUGAUCCAAGUGGAAAAAGAAACACACAGGAUCCUUGAAGCUCCAACAUUUCAGUUCUCAGUGAUCCGGUCCAAAAGGCAGUUUACAUAUGAAGAGGCAGAAGACAUCAUCAACCAAAGAUACAGAGACCCCCCCGCAUACAGCACCGUGGAGGACUGUGUCACUGUGGCCUAUCACUUUGCCAAGGCUCAAAGAAAGCUAAGACUGGCCAGUGACUGGCCUUAUUACCAGAGUGAUGAUGACAGGUUGCCUGGGAAGCGUAAAGCCCACCAGAUGAUUGAGGAAAUCAGUCUGUUUUUUAACAGCCAUGCUGCAAAGUAUCUGUGUGAGUCCACCAAAGCCAGAUACUACACCCCGCUUCGCUGUCAGAGUGGACCAGAGCCUGAGAGGGUGGACAAGUUCAAGGACAAAUGUGGACCAUUACUACAACUGUCCUUUGGUGUGCGACAAAGACUCUACUGUGAGCUAACCGAGCCUGACCCUGAACCAAGCACUGAGCAUUUCCCCAUCCUGGAGGCUGUGUGGAACGAUAUCCAGUCAGCUCUGAGAGACAAUGAUGAGGACAAACUGGUGGACCUGGUGGCUGCAGAUGAUAUUCACCCCCUGCUCCAACCAGUCAUGUAUGAGUUGCAACGCUGCCACAGUAAAGCUUACUACAUCCGCUCAAACUCAACUGUAGAGGCAAAGCAUGGACAUUAUUCUCUGAGAUUAAACCCUUACUCACAGGCCUCCUCCCCAAUAAGGCGGUACAUGGAUCUCGUCCUGCAGAGACUACUGCACUCUUUCAUAUGUGACAGUGCUGUACCGUACACUCGCACUGACAUUACAGACCUGUGUCAUAAGUUUGAACCCAACGCAAAGAAAGACAAGCAGUUUGAGCAAAAGGCUCAGCAGAUCUCCUACGCAGUGAGCACAAAGAAACAGAGUGCACCAAAGCUAGCCUUCGCUGUGUCCGUAGAGCCAGAGGACGAGAGCUUAAAGGUGACUUUUCCUUUCAACAGGAACAUAUUCCAUUCGCCUUUAUCCAUCUUGUUAAGGGAAUUACAGUUAGAAGACCAGCCAAUCUAUAAGGCAGAGGGAAAUACCAUGACUCUCACAUGGAAAAGGCGGAUAUACGCAGCCGACGACAAGCUGAUCCACCAAGAGUUGAGCAGGAUGUCAGAUCGUGGUCCAAGCGUUAGGAUCCCACUGACGGUGUGGACCGCUGUUAUUAAAGCAGUCCAGACAGAAAGCUUAGACCAGGCCAAGUUCCUUCUGAUGAAUGCCAAGCCACAGAAAGCAGAAGUUUUAUCAAGAGCUUCAUCACCGCCUCCUUUCCAACACUAUGCUGACAUUGUUCUUCAGCUGCAGCCAGGUGACACCAUUCAGGUGCAAAUGACAUCAGAAGAGAAAAGAGGUUCUGAUAUGCCCAUUGUUCAGUUGCUUCACAUUAAACCAAAAUUUGAGAUUUGUGUCCAGCAUGUCCACAACCCCAUCUUAUGCUAUACCCGGUCUGCAGACCAGCCAACAAAGGCUCAAUAUAGAGAUGAAAUGCAAUAUAUAGAGAUCUGGGAACCCAUGUGUAAGAUGGAAUCUGCUGCAAAUGCAGUGGAGGAAAGCGACAGCAUCAUCAUUGAGAACCUGGAAGUAAACUUCACUCAGCAGUACGAAGGAGUACUGACAGGGAAGUUCUUCUUACAUGAGAAAUGGAUCAAAGAUUGGGUUAUUGAAUGCCACCUUGCUCAGUGCUUCCUUUGCAUUCGGAAAAGGGGUCUGAAAUUACUUAUACCUCAGGAACAUUCUGCACCGGUGGACCCAAAAGAGUUUACGUGGGUGGCCCAUGGUGUCACAACCAAAGCAGAGCUUAGAAAAACCGGCUGUGAAGUGAAAUUUUCUGUCUGUCACCUGCCAAUGGAAAGUAUUCCUGAAUAUGUUUUCCUGAAAAACGCAGUUUUCACUGCAGAGAUCAUCCCAAAGCUCCUGCCUGACAUCCGAAAAGAACAAGCUGUUGUCAGCCUGGGACAAACAUGCAACCUAGUCAAGAGGAUUGCACUUGGACACAAGAUCCCCAAAAAAAUAUUGCAAAGCAGUGUGCUAAAACACCAGGUUGCCAAAGCAAAGUUACCAGCAGGACUGCCAGAACUUAAUGACAGUCAGCUUCGUGCUGUUGCAGCUGCUCUGAACGGCACUUUCACCCUGAUACAGGGACCACCAGGUACUGGGAAGACUGUAGUGGGCGUGAAUAUUGUGUGGUGGUUUUUGAAGCAGAACUCUAAGACACCCAGGAAAUAUGAAGACCCAAAAGACAAAAUGAAAAAAGAAGUCAUUCUCUACUGUGGUCCGUCCAACAAGUCUGUGGACGUUGUUGCAGAGUACUUGAUGAAGUUUGAGGGGGCCCUUCGGAUCCUUAGAGUCUAUGGCCUGCAAGUAGAGAUGGUUGACUAUCCUUAUCCAAACAGUGACCUGCAAUUUUCCCUAAGGUCACUUCGCCCGGAUGGCUCCAAGCCAGAACUCAGGAGCAUCACUAUGCAUCAUCGCAUGCGUGAGCCGGCCAACCCUUCUGCAGCUAAAAUUAAAGAGUUUGAUGAACGAAUUCGUAGUGAGAAGGUCUUGACUGCUGAAGAAGAGAAAGAAUACAAAGACCUUCUCAAAAAGGCUCGGAUCCAUGAGCUGAAACAACACGACAUUAUUCUGUGCACAUGCACACAGUCGUCCACCCCCAUCCUCCAGUCCACAGUCAGCGCACGCCAGAUCCUGAUUGAUGAAAGUGCAAUGGCCACCGAGCCCCAGGCUCUGAUUCCUUUAGUCUUCAACAAACCAGAGCAGGUCGUGCUGAUCGGGGACCACAAACAGCUCCAGCCAAUCGUGAAGAAUCAGAUUGUGAAGAAGCUGGGGAUGUCUAGGUCUCUUUUUGAGCGCUACUACACCAUUCUCCAUGGAAACACAGCCGUGAUGCUGGAUACCCAGUACAGAAUGCAUAAGGACAUCUGUGAAUUCCCCUCAGAGGAAUUUUAUGACGGCAAGCUGAAAACAGGCGUGCCGCAGCCAAGCAGCGUCCUGCUUGUUAACGGCAGGACGAUGCCGCUGGUGUUUGGACACAUUGAAGGAGAAACCGUCCGUCUGGUAGUGAAGACUGCAAAGGGCAACAACAACUCCAAAGCCAACCACAGGGAGCGAGACCAAGUAACACGCAUUGCUGGAAUGCUGGUGGAGAAAGCCCGUGUGGAUCAGGAGAACAUUGUUGUUCUGUCUCCUUAUAACGCCCAAGUGUCAGAGAUCAAAGAGGAGCUGAGGAAGAAGAAGCUGGACAACAUCACAGUCACCACCAUCACAAAGAGCCAAGGGAGUGAGUGGCGCUACGUGAUUUUAUCCACAGUCUGCUCCGUUCCCAGAACCGAGAUUGUGACGGAACCGGACGGCGCCUGGAUGUCCAAACAUGUGGGCUUUGUGGGAGACCCCCACCAGAUAAACGUAGCCAUCACCAGAGCCAAGGAGGGACUGUGCAUCAUCGGCAACCAGGCGCUGCUAAGACUCAGCACGACAUGGCGCCACCUGCUGGAGCACUACACUCGGAACAACGCUGUGACAGAUGCAGACAAGAUCUCAGUCCUCAGCAGCUGAUCCCUGUCCUUCAGACACAUGGAGGACGCUUUCAUUUUCUGCUCAGGGCUGGACGAUAAUUCAGUAACAAUAUUUAUCAGUCGAUAGACGUGUGGUGCACUAGGAAAAACAUGGGGUCAAUACGAAGUUCAAAAGAAGAACAGUUUUCCUUCCUUUAGCUUUCUAGCCAAUCAUCUAGGUUAAUAUUAAUUACAUCCUCCCAGCCAAUCACAGCGCAGACCUUCACCAAAGCUUCGAAGACUUCAGAGAGAUUUACAGUUUUGGUAAAAAGUUGGUUGAAUAAAGGGUUAUGUUUGAAUUCAGUCUUCUUAAUUUAAAAUAGGUUGUUAAGCAACAGCAUCAAAUGGGCAGGGCUGCACUUAAAAUAUAUAUUUUUUAUUUUUUUUAAUUAUUAUCGACAUCGAUCAAUAUGGUUUCCAUUUUAUGGCUAUGUUUUUUGUUCUAAAUGGUCCAGCCCUACAUCCGGACGCUGUUUGGUGGUCUUCUGAGGGAUUGCUGCAGCAAACGGACCUCAGCGAAGCAAACAGUCCAUAUUCCUCUGAACGGAGGAAGUUUGUUCACGUUUGGACGAUCUCAGGGUUUUUCUAGAUGAAGUGAACUUUCUUUGGUCAAGCUGGACCUUCAGGACCUGAUGUCACAGGAUUUUAUUACAUUUGAGUUUGAAAUGUUUUUAUCAUCACUGAGAAUUAAUAAUUGUUUCUUUUGAUCUCAAUAAACUAAUUUAAACAGCA